GGCGCAUUGGAGAUGUCACCACUUAUUCUGUCAACACUGUUCGGGGGCAUCAUAUCGUGGCUUGUGUAUCAAAGCAUUCAAGCUCAUGCCUUGUACAAGUCAGAUCAGAAUUUCGGUGCCCAGCAUGGUUGUGGUCGGGCCCCGAGACUUCGAAAUUGGUGGCCGCUGGGGAUCGAUCGUCUGAUCCAAAUUUGGGCAGCCGCCUAUGAACAAAGGCUGAUGGAUUUGUUUAAUUUCCAUUUUACGGAUGUUGGAACGACGUUAGAACAGAAGUUCUUAGGUACAAUCGCGUAUGGAACGACCGAGCCAAAGAAUUUAGAGGCCAUGAUGAGUUCUAAACUUGAUGAUUUCAACUUUGGACUUCGUCGUCAGAUUUUUUUUCCCUCUGCUUGGAGACGGCAUUUUCACUCAGGAAGGAGCUUCCUGGAAGCAUUCUCGAGAUCUCCUUCGUCCACAGUUCGCAAAGCAGCAAUACCGAGAUAUGGACAUUUUCCGACCCCAUGUCGACAACCUGCUCGAUCACAUACGCGCUAAUGAGGGCGAAAUCGAUCUUCAACCAUUGUUCUUUAAUCUCACCCUGGACACGACCACAGAGCUUCUUUUUGGGAAGUCCGUUGAUAGCCUUAAAGAGGCUGGUAACUCACGAGGGGCAAAAUUCGCGAAUGAAUUUGACGUUGCUCAAAACUACGUUAUUCAGCGGUUUCGUCUGUUGGACCUGUACUGGUUGAUCGGUGGUCGGAAAUUCCAACGCUCGUGUGCUGCUGUCCAUGAGUUUGUGGAUGGAAUUAUCGAGGAGCGAAGUCAAAAGCCAGAGGAAGACACAGCAAAGAAUGACCGUUACUUGUUUUUCGAUGCUAUUGCAAAGGACCCAAAGCAUUCAAGCGAUAGGAAAGCUCUGAGAGCCCAACUGGUCAAUAUGUUGCUCGCUGGCAGAGACACAACCGCGUGCCUUCUAAGUUGGACAUUCUUCUUCUAG